AUGGAACCCAAGGACACUUUCGAUCCCCGCAACAACUUGCUCUCUCCGCCAGAACCAACUCCUCAAGACAGUUUCUCGCGCUCAUUCUCAACAUCCUCGAUGGACUUCAAGAUGGCGGGACCAGCAAUGUCAAUUGUCAAGGCUCAGCAGCCGAUGACGCCUCCCAUCUCACCAGCAUCGAAGAACUCCCUCCCUGAAGUUUCUCCCUCCACCGAGGUUCGAGACCCAAUCCUCUAUCCAAAUCCGGAUCCCUCGCCACAAUCACCUCUUUUCAGAGUCAACGACACCCUUCGAGUGGUUGAUGAGCAUGUGGCCGCUAGGGAACCAACACCUUUUCGCAGCGUCUCGCCUCCGCGGCACAGCGAAUACCAGCUCGCCCUCGAGUUCAAAUCACAAAUGGGGCGAGCCUUCCUUAGCAAUCCCCGACUCUGGGCUCAACGAGAAUUGGCCCAACUGAGGGAGGAUAACGCACUGAAGUUGGGAGGUAGACGAUAUACCACAAUUGCUCCUGCGACAGGUGGCAUUCGCAAACAGUUCGGCUCCAAGCCUGUCCGCCAACCCGGAGCGAAGAAUGGUGUAUCGAAACCACCACGAGUACCCAAGCCAUUGACCGGCGCUCGUGGUGCCACUCCGGACUCUACUAAGAGAGUUGCUCGAGAAGACAAGGACUUCAGCUCUCUUCCAGAUUACUGCCCGCCACUCGGGAGCCUCCCCAACAAGCCCAACUCUCUCAAGGUUGAUUGGAAAGGCGCUCCAAUUGACCUUAGACACGAUCCACACUUUCAUCUCCUCCAUCCUGAUGAGGUUGCCCUCGCAGCCAAUCUCCGUCUCGACUGUGCCACAUAUCUCACUUCCAAGCGUCGGAUCUUCAUCAAGAGAAUCGAAGCCUACAGGAUUGGCAAGGAGUUUCGGAAGACAGAUGCCCAGCAGGCUUGCAAGAUCGACGUCAAUAAAGCCAGCAAACUCUGGCAAGCAUUUGAUAAGGUCGGAUGGUUGAACGCCAAAUGGAUUGUGAAGUACGUCUGA